AUGCCUGCAAAAAUCGAACCCCGCUUUGCCUCUCCUGUUCAUGACUCCAAAUCCUCUUCCCCCGCUUCGGAUUUCACCGUGGUGGCAGUUUCGCGUUCACGACCGGCUACCCAUGAUAUUCACUCGCAGCCAACGCUCACAGCUAUCGUUCGAUCUCCGUCAACGACACCUUUAGUACUUACUCCCGAUGAAGGUAUCGAGGGACAUAAGUCUGCUGUUCACGAUGCGCAGGUAUACGCAUUCUUCACACAUCAUUAUGAUUACUGGACAUCACGUCUAAAUAUCGAGCGGUCUGAGUGGAAUUGGGCUUUUUGGGGAGAGAACUUAACCUUGAAAGCGCCAGAUGGGAUCGAUGAAUGGAGCAUCAAUUUGGGAGAUCGAUGGGUAUUUUCGUCGCCUGAUGAUGACGUGAACGACGAUCAUCAGGGAGUUGAAAAUAAAGGGGUUAUUCUCGAGGUUGUAGGGGGGCGGAGUCCGUGUUCACGGCUCGCGUGGCGAUGCGGACAGCCGGGUAGUUGGCUAGCUGAGGUCGCUAAGUCCGGCUUCUGCGGUGUCUAUCUGAAAGUCGUGCGCGGAGGUUUCAUCGCGCCUGGUACCACGGCAAAAAUCAUCCCGACUGAUCAAGAAUACACGGUUCCGGCCGGCAGCAUUGCCCAGUGUGUGUUCUCACCGCUCGGAGAUCCUACUACUCGCACGUUGGCAGAGCGUAUCCUACGUGUGCCCAACUUGCAAAAGAUGAACAGACAUGUCAUCGCUCGUAAGCUAGGGAUGAUCGAGGAUAACGAAGCGGCAGGGAAGAAUAGAUGGGCUGGUUGGCGGUCGCUAAAAGUCGUCAAUGUGGUUGACGAGUCUACGACUAUCAAGUCUUUCUAUCUGAAUGCCGUUGAUGAUAAGCCCUUGGCAUCCUACCUCCCAGGUCAAUUCCUAACUAUAAAACUACCCUCCGGUGACAUUCGCCGCUGGUCCAUUUCUUCUUGGUCACCCUCCUCCUCUACCUCAGUCCCACCAUCUUAUCGCAUCACGGUUAAGAAAGGACCGGCUGCCUCUCGUUAUCUUCACUCCAAUAUCCUCGCCGGGGACACAGUAUUAGCACGCUCACCGUCUGGAUCGUUUGUCCCUGAUUUAAGCCGGGACUUCCCACCUCGUAAGAUAUACAUCAGCGCUGGAAUAGGCAUGACUCCGAUCCUCAGCAUGCUCCAAGCUCAUUUUUCUCACCCGGCUUUGAAAAAGACACCAGCGAUCCUUAUCCAUGUCGCCCGGAACGGCGAGCAAAAUACCUCACAUUUUAGAUCAGAACUCUCAUCAUUUAAUUUAUUCCGCAUGAUCACAUUUUAUACCUCUCCUAUCGCCGGCAUAGACGUCCAAGGCAAAGACUUCGAUUAUACAGGGCGGCCUACGUUCGAAUUCUUUACCACGUUGUUAAGCCCAUCGUAUUUUAUCGAUCCACUAGGAAUUACUCCCAUCGAACUACCAGGAAACGUCUCCAACGCAUAUAUAUGUGGUCCGCCAGACUUUGUAGAUACCACACGAGACUAUCUUGGACGCUGCAAAGUGCCACCUCCAGCUAUACGUUACGAAACCUUCUCGUCAAAUUCAGAUUUCAAACUUGACGAUUUAUCAGUUUCGGCGGCGGACGGGACAGACCUACCAGAGGAGUCAGUCGUCCGGUUUCGAACGAAAGAAGCCAAAUGGAAGAAAGCUGAAGCACUCUCACUUCUUGAGCUUCUCGAGCGAGAUGGUGAAGGGGAACAACCGGAAUCAGCGUGUCGCGAGGGCGAUUGCGGGACUUGCGAGGUAAGAAUCUUAAAGGGGGAAGCUCGAGUUUCGAAGAACGCUGGAAAAGAGGCAAAAGAAGCAAGUGGAAAGGCCGGGACUAUGAUUAGGUCGUGUUGCUCCUUUCCAGCAAGUAAGAUACUAGAGUUAGAAUUUUGA